GUAUGUUUAUAUAUGUGUUUGUGUGCAUGUGUCUGUGUAUACGUGUGUGUAUUUAUAUAUGUGUGUGUGUGCAGGUAUUGUGAUUAGCAUGGGCCUGGCUCUGGCUCUGUGUUCUCCAGUUCCUCUUCCAGACUCUCAGGAGUGUGUGUGCAGUUCUGCGGCCAGAUCUCUGCUCAGCGCGCUCACACACAUCAUGGAGAAGGAGGGAAAGAUGAUGGAUCAGGACUUGUUUGCUGGUUUUAACUGCACUGAUCUGGAAGCUCAGAUGAUUCCUCACACACACACGUCCUCCGUCUGCCAGCCGGCCAUCAGCGCUAACUCGUCCUGCUCGGGCCACAGAAGCUCUAACUUCAGCGAAGUGGAGUGUGUGAAGAACAUCAGAGGUGAUCUGCGCUAUUAUGAUCUGCUGCUGAACUCCUACAGGCCCAGCACACAAGAGCUGAGUCCUGUCAUGAUGGCCAACACACAGCUCAUCAAUUGCUUGAAUCAGAAGUGUGAGUCUGCUGAAGGAGUGUUUCCUCAGUGGCGCGUCUGGAGGGGCUCUUCGUUUGACGACCGAGUGUCUCUGUGUAAAACACUGAAGGGUUUCACAUCCGCUCCAUCACCGUCAACAGAGCGCUGGCCUACAUCGCCUCCGGAGAGCACAGGAAAUGAUGUCACUCACUACACCACCGCAUGACAUAAGCUAGAAGAGUCCUGUCAUGAGCCGCUCUCCUUUAUAUUCUAUUUAUUGACCGAUGGGUUGUAUUUAUUUAUUCAUUUUGAGAAGUUAUUUAUUUACAUGCAUGUACUGCCUUAUUUAUUCACUAUUUAUUUAUAUAUUUCUGCAAAAAAAAAACUGACUGUGUUGUGUGUUUUUGUGUGUGUGUGUGUGUGUGUGAGAGAGGUAUUGGUGUUUUAUCAUUAGCUGUUUCCAUUCAAAUUAAUUAUGCGCAAACUAAUAUCGCAUAAAACAUUCGCUAAUAAAGCAGCAUUUCCAUCCAAUGAGAAACAAAAGAGAACACAAUCAUCACUUCCUGAUAAACUGGAGUAGAUAUCAGCAGUGUUGGGAUUUGCCACUGUGCUUUUCUUUAAUAAAUGAGUUGCGCCUCUGAAGAGCCCUAUCCUACACCCAGGGCAAAAAGGCGCAAGACGAUGUGUUGCUAUUUUCAGACCAGCGCAACUGUAAUUUUCACGUUUUGCGCCAUGUUGUUUAAAUAGUAAAUCCAUUUGCGCCACUAUGUGGACUCAUGUGUGUGCUCGUCUAUAAAAGAUGUGUGUUAAGGCGCAUUGCUGGUGUGUUGCUAUUUUGAGGAACUAAAAUAGACCAAGAGUGCCAUUGACCAACAAACAACUGCUCUAAAGUCCAGCACAGAGAGCGUUAGUUAUGCACCUUUAAUGCUUACACACUGCUCUAUACGCACAAGAUGAACAGCAACACACAAAUAUCUUUACAGAUAUUUCUGUAUCUUUAUGAUACAGAAAUGAUUAUUUAAAAACAAAAAAACACCACUGCCUCUAUGCCUUCUUCACCUCGGGGGGCUUUUUCAGUUUA